UCAUUCCACACACACUAACAUCACCUUUCCCUACACACACACACAACUUAAACACUCUGAAGAAAAAAAUGGCGACAUUCCCGAUUGUGAACAUGGAGAAGCUGAAUGGAGAAGAAAGGUCUGCAACAAUGAACUUGAUCAAUGAUGCUUGUGAAAACUGGGGUUUCUUUGAGAUUGUGCAUCACGGGAUAUCGACUGAGCUUUUGGACACUGUGGAGAAGAUGACAAAAGGGCAUUACAAGAAAUGCAUGGAAGAAAGGUUUAAAGAAAUGGUGGCUAGUAAAGGCUUAGAAGCAGUUCAAAGUGAAAUUGAAGAUUUGGAUUGGGAGAGUACUUUUUAUCUCCGUCAUCUUCCUGAAUCCAACAUCUCUGAGAUCCCUGAUCUUGAAGAUGAAUACAGGAAGGUGAUGAAGGAGUUUGCUAAAGAAAUUGAGAAACUAGCUGAAAAUAUCUUAGACAUAUUAUGUGAGAAUUUGGGAUUAGAGAAGGGUUAUCUCAAGAAAGCUUUCUAUGGCUCCAAGGGCCCCACCUUUGGGACCAAGGUGAGCAACUAUCCUCCUUGCCCCAAGCCCGAUCUUAUCAAGGGUCUGCGGGCCCACACCGAUGCUGGCGGUGUUAUAUUGCUCUUUCAGGACGAUAAGGUCAGUGGGCUCCAGUUACUUAAAGAUGGAGAAUGGAUUGAUGUGCCACCUAUGCAUCAUUCGAUUGUCAUCAACUUGGGUGAUCAACUUGAGGUGAUUACAAAUGGAAGGUACAAGAGUGUGAUGCAUAGAGUGAUUGCUCAAACAGAUGGGACCCGCAUGUCGAUUGCAUCAUUUUACAAUCCGGGCAGUGAUGCUGUGAUCUACCCUGCCCCAGAACUAGUAAACAAAGCAGAAGAGAAAAACAAUAUCUACCCGAAAUUUGUGUUUGAGGAUUACAUGAAGCUCUAUGCACAAGUGAAGUUUCAGGCAAAAGAGCCCCGAUUUGAAGCUUUUAAGACAGCUAUGGAAGACACCAUCAGGGUCGACCCAAUUGCAACUGUUUAAGAUCAAAAACCUUCAGUAAUGGUGUUUGUGUGUCUGCGGAUUUAAUAAAAUAAAAGGUUUAUACAUAAAAAAAAAGGAAAUUAAAUUAAUGUGUUGGGAGUAUAUUCAUAGGUGUUGUGUUUCUAGUGUCUUGCAGGCAUCUAUGUAUGAAUGUUUGUAUAAGAACACCAAAUCUUGGAAAUGCCCUAAUAACAUAAUGACAUAAUUUCUGUGUUUUUCCAA